AUGGGUCUUUUCAGCCGCCUAUUGAAGGUUUCCGCCGCAGGUACUGUCGCCUCGGUCGGUGUAUUCUGGGGUGCCACGCGCAAUGACGUGUUCGAGCCCAUGGACACCUCUGAUCCAAUCUUCCAAUCGGCCUUUUUCAAGAAGUUUAACCCCAAUCGCAAUCCUACCCUGCACGAUGUCUGUGUCCGCCGCAUUCCCCUCGACAAAAUCAAACCGGAGCUGUUAGAGAACAAGGGCAAGCUGGUGGAGGCCUUCUGCGCUGGUGUCUGGGGUGGCAUGGGAUACAUUCCCCAACGCGCCUACCUGGAUCAAAAGUACCGUGGCCCCGAGACUGCCGACCACCUCUGGAAGCGAUCGGACCUCCUCUCCAGCAACUACGAGGUCGGUACCCUCAUCACCGAUCACUUCGAAGUGGUCGAGAAGACCGAGGACCGCAUCACUGUCCGCUGCGGUGCCUCCCCUCGCAUCCGUGAUGUUCGUCCUUCCGAUGGACUCUUCGAGAUUGGUGCCGUUGUCAAGCAGGAGCAGGGUGUGGCAGAGUUCUCCCUCAAGAGUUGUUUCUACCAGGGUCUUGGCAAGGCUGAAGCUGCGCCAAUGGAUGACAAGGUGGCUUGGGCACACCGUCAAUACACCAAGCUUCUGUUGGAGACCGCGGUGCUGAAGAAAUGCGUUCGGUAA